AUGGCGGAACGGCCGCGCCCGCGCCCCCUGCCGGCACCGCCGCAACGGCGCGGCCGGGGCCGGGAGCCGUGCUCGAGUCCCGCCCGGCCGCUCCGUGAGGGGAACCGGGGCUGCCGUGAGGGGAAUCGGGGCUGCCGUGAGCCGCCUUGCACCUCCGUGAGGGGAACUCGGGCUGCCGUGAGCCGCCUUGCCGCCUCUGUGAGGGAAACCGGGGCUGCCGUGAGCCGCCUUGCCACCUUUGUGAGGGGAACCAGGGCUGCCGUGAGCCGCCUUGCACCUCCGUACCGAGACCUGGCCCCGCAGCUCGUUCCCCUUGACUACUCGGACAAACCAGCCGUGACACUCCCCUACGAGCUCAUCAGCAGCAUGCCAGAGCUCAAGGACAACCCAUUCCGGCAGCGGAUAGCUGAGGUGUUCUCAGAGCGCGGCGACGGCAACAUGACUUUGGAUGAUUUUCUGGACAUGUUUUCUGUGCUAAGUGAAAUGGCUCCCCGAGACUUGAAAGCUUAUUAUGCUUUUAAAAUUUAUGACUUCAACAACGAUGAUUACAUAUGCAAAUCAGACCUAGAGAAAACUGUUAACAAAUUAACCCGAAAUGAACUGACCCCAGAAGAAGUCAGCCUCGUGUGUGAGAAGGUGAUUUAUGAGGCUGAUGUGGACAAUGAUGGCAAACUGUCCUUGGCAGACUUUCAGCAUAUGAUUGUACGAGCUCCAGAUUUCCUCAGCACCUUUCAUAUUCGAAUCUGAAUCUCAUCAACCUCGGGGAUGGGGGAGCUUCUGGGACUUACAACAACCAUUACUUCACCUGAGAUUACCAUGAGAGCACAAGAUGAGAGAGGCAGAGAGGACAACUUCUGGUAACUGAACCACUCAGAGGUUCACUGAAGCACUAUCUUGAAUUUUUCUCUUUAAAAGGAACAAUUCAUUAAGCUCUCCAUCAGGAUUUCCCAGUAAUUUAGCAAAAUGUCUACCCACCCUCAGCUGGAGCAAACCUGGCCUGGACAGUCAGAAGGGAAAUAUUUUUCCUAAAGUUCAGAUACUACCAGGAAGUAAAGAAACUUGUAUCAAACUAUAACCUCUAAAAAUUCACCCAAAAAUGCCUUAACCAGUGAAAAAAUCCCUUUAGUUUCAAAGACAUAAGUAACUCCUGAUAAUUUAUGGUCUUAAUAAACGGUCCAAUAAAUCA